AAGAUAAAACUUGGAAUCCUACUUUCUGUUACCGGGUUGUAUUGCAGACACGCAAGUGUAACAAUGAACGUGGGCGUUGCUCACAGCGAGGUGAAUCCCAACACCCGGGUCAUGAACAGCCGGGGCAUUUGGCUGGCCUACCUGCUUCUGGUCGUUGUACUACACGUGGUUCUACUUAGCAUUCCCUUCCUGAGUGUGGGCCUGGUCUGGACACUAACCAAUGUCAUCCACAACUUGGUGAUGUACCUGUUCCUCCACACGGUCAAGGGCACCCCUUUCGAGACUCCUGACCAGGGCAAGGCACGCCUGCUUACACACUGGGAACAGAUGGACUACGGCGUUCAGUUCACUUCCUCUCGCAAGUUCCUCACCAUUUCUCCUAUUGUGCUGUACAUCCUGGCCAGUUUCUACACCAAGUACGAUGUUACGCACUUCUUCAUUAACACAUGCUCUCUUCUUAGUGUGCUCCUUCCCAAACUCCCACAGUUCCAUGGGGUACGUAUAUUUGGAAUUAACAAAUAUUGAAUCAAAACAGCAGUCAUUUUUUUUCUGUAGACAUGCUGUCAAAUAGGGCCCUUAGUGCUUUACCACCGCACCAGGUACCGUACUUUCACUACGGUACUUUCCCUUUUCCAUUGACUUCCGGUCGAAUACCAGUAUCAAUCAAAAGUUCCAGUACCUAAUGUGCCAAACUAACUGGGGUACUUCUUUGGUACUUCGGGGUGGGACUUGAAGCGCUUUCUUUGUCGAUUGGUUAUGCAAAUAGCCUGCUUCUGAAACCGCCAUCUUGGAAAAAGUUGCAAACUCAGAAAGCAAUGAUAAAUUAAGUAAAACAAUAUAUAUA